AGUCGUUGCAUAAUCAUUUUGAUUCUAACACAUUGGCUAAUGAUACUUACAGAGGAAGCAAACAGCUAGCUUCUCUAUGUACGGACACAGUCUAGUCUAGCCAUGAAUGUAGCAAGUCUUUCUUCUCCUGUGAGAAGCCCAUUGUCCACAACCUCCACAACCAUUGACUACCCCAAUCUUGCAAGUGACUCUGGUGCAAGUACCAGCAGCUCUCUAGACUUCCUCGAAGAAUUUUGUUUAUCCGACUCUGAUGAGUCUCCCAGUUGUAUGGCCAAGCCCUUGGAACCUCAAACAUGCCUUUAUUGGGUACGCAUGAGCUCUCUUCGUGUCCACGACAACCCGGCCUUCACUGCAGCAAUGAGAACCGCUGGAAUGAGAUUUAGAGCUGUUUUUAUGUACGACCCAUGGUUCGAAUCUGGACAACAUUUCGGACUAAACAGGUGGAGAUUUUUGAUAGAAUCUUUGGAGGAUCUCGACAAGACCCUUCAGUCCUAUGGUACCCGACUCUAUGUGGCCAAGGGGCAGCCGCUGGUUCUGCUUGAGAAGCUCUGUAUUCGCUGGAAUGUGAGAUCCAUGGCGUACCAGAUUGACAAAGAUGUGGACAGUCAUAUCCUCGAGCAAACUGUGGAUGUUCUGGCAACGAAAUUGGGAAUUACUCUCUCCAAGUUUGAUGGCCACACUUUAUACGAGAGUGAGAAACUUGUGCAGCCAAAUUCAGCAGUCAUGACUCUCAAAGAAUUCAAAGCCAUGUUAUCCAGUUAUGGACCCCCUGAGAAGCCGAUACAGCCUCCUGCUCCACGUACUGGAGUACCCUUCGAUCUUGGCCUACCAGAAGAAUUCAGAUUACCCACCCUUCAAGAAGUUGGUUUCUCCAACCAGGAGACAGUUCGCGCUCAUUUGUUGUGGAUGGGAGGGGAGAGCGUAGCACUGCAGAAAGUCACCACUUACGUCAAAACCAGAGCAAAGAUGAAUCCAGUUUCAGCUGAAGCUCUUCUAGACAAGUCAUCUUUGAGUCCUUACAUCCGAUUUGGAUGCCUCUCUGUCCGAUAUCUGUUUUGGAAAGUGAAAGAGUUAGUGUCUGAAGAUUCGUCUCUGGAGGAGUUCCAGAAGUCUUUUAUAUCUGGACUGCUGACCAGAGAGUUCUUUUUUACAGUGGCUUCUCAAGUACCCAACUUUGAUAGUUACUAUAACAACAAGAUCUGCGUCCAGCUGCCCUGGUCUGAUGAUAAGGAAAUGUUCAGGCUUUGGAGGUAUGGCAAGACAGGCUUCCCCUGGAUCGAUGCAGCCAUGAGGCAGCUAUGGCAGGAAGGGUGGAUCCAUUACCUCCUGAGAGAGAGUGUUGCAUUUUUCCUAACAAGAGGAGAGCUGUGGAUAUCCUGGGAGCAGGGCAGAAGAGUUUUUGGAGAGCUGCUAUUGGAUUAUGAGAACUCUGUGUCUAGUGGAUGUUGGAUGAAAAGCUCUGGCUCUGCAUUCAUCAAUGAAACUAUGGAGUUCUUCUGUCCAGUCACUUACGGUACAGAGAUUGAUCCGGCUGGAGAUUACAUUCGAACCUACAUCCCUGAGCUCAAAAACUUUCCAAAUGAGUACAUUUACUGUCCUUGGACAGCCCCGGUGAGCGUACAGGUGGCUGCCAGCUGUCGUAUCGGAUCUGACUACCCUCUCCCCAUCAUCAACCACAUCACAACUGGAGCUCUAUGCAAUUUCAGACUGCAGACUAUUAUGUCCUUGUUACACUCUCUCAAUACUUCUUCUCCUCCUGUAUCCACACAACCACCGGCCUCUGGUCAUGUGUCUACACAACCACCGGCCUCACAACCACCGGCCUCUGGUCAUGUGUCUACACAACCACCGGCCUCACAACCACCGACCUCUGGUCAUGACACAACUUCACCUUCCUCAGCUGAAGUGCUAUAACUGUAUUUGGCUGUUGUACUGUGUUCUGUUUCUAUAUCCCAUUCAUUCCCUUUUAAUCCGUUGUGCAGGUUACUAUUAUCAAACUAUUAUGUACUCAGCACCCACCACCCUGUGAUUUAUUAAAUUUGCAAAUCAAAUAAA